GGAUGCGAGCAGAGACUCGCCGGGCACCGGAGGGCAGAGCACUGAGUGCACCCGCUGCCGGGACCCGAGCCCCGAACCUUCUGGGCUGUGCGCGGAGCGCCCCGGGGACGCGGAGGAGAUCGCUUGGGACCAGCGAAGGAACCUGCCUCCCGCGGCCAGCCUCUCGCAGCUGGGGGUCUCUCUCCACGCAGGCGGAGGAGCUGGAGCUCCGAGCCGAGCCCAGGCCAGAGCCUCAGGGGUACCAUGGUGUGCCACACUCUCUUCACCCUGCUCGUCUUCGCGACAGGUUUAAGAGUACAGAGUUUGCCUGCAUCAACCUCCUUUCCUGUUUCUCUUCCAACAAAAUUUACCACAUUAUCUCCAGUCUGGACCAAUCCUCCACAAAAUACUGUUGAUGUUACCACCUCCUCCAGCAAUAGCACACAGAAUAACUCGUUAUUAACAGUGACAUUGUCAGCUGAGACAACUCCACUUCCUGGAAACAUAUCAGUAACAUCAAGAGACCCAGAGAGCACCAGCAAAGUCUCCAUACAAGAAUCCACAGUUACUGCUGUUGAUCAGGAGGGAAAAGGAAACACAAAAGACCAGUCACUGCCUAGGAUAUUGCCAACAAGCAGCCAAGACGAGUUUAUAACCACCCAUGCAGUACUCAGCUCUGCAAUACCAGAAAUCAGUAAUGAUACAACAACUCCAAGUACAGUUUUGCCUCCUCCAUCAGACGGAGAAGCAGUCACCUCCCCUCAGCCAUGGGCCUCAUCUUCUUCAUCGUCAUCUUUGUUGCCACCAAAGGUAUCUCCAACCAGUGUAGUCACAGACUCCACUGCAACUGAAAGCCCGACCCAUGAAGAGAGCAGUGAAGGACCCUUGGGAACUCCCACAGCUACACCCCCUGGAGCUGACCUCAUUCCUAAUGAGACCCCAACACUUCCUGCUUCAUCUGGGCCUAUGACAGAAGAGACAACUUCCCAAGUGACUAUGCCAACCUAUGCGGCGGAAGGCACUGACAGCAAUACGGUGUCCCCUCGGAUAAUCAUGGACCAAGUUCAGCAUGCAUUAAGUUCAGGAAGCGUCGUAGCCAUUACCGUGACAGUGAUUGCUGUGGUGCUGCUGGUGUUUGGAACAGCCGCCUAUCUGAAAAUCAGGCAUUCUUCCUACGGAAGGCUGCUGGAUGACCAUGACUAUGGAUCCUGGGGCAACUACAACAACCCACUUUACGAUGACUCCUAACAGACGAGACACAUGUGUUCUUUAAUUUAAAAGUGCUUCUCUAGUAGCAUUAAUGCUAAUUACCUGAUAUGCAUUCAAUGACAACCCUGUGGCCUGUUUUGUUGGUUUUAUUGUUUGGUCGUUUGGUUUAUAAUUUUUAUUUUUCUUCUCUUCUGGUUUCUGCUUCCCUUCUCUUUAAGAAAAAAAAAAAGAGCUAUCAUUUUUAGGUGAAUCCAAAUUGAAUCUCAACCGAGUGAAACAGCAUGGAAGCUGAGACCACCCUGGCUGCUUUGGAGAAGGGAUGUACUUUUGGGGGAGCAAGGAUGGCUUUUAUGUGGGAAAUCAUAUUAAAUCUCCACAAAAGAAAGCCUGAGAAAAUGAUCACUAGAGGGGUUUUCAUCUGCAGAAGCUCAUGUUUCUUGGACUCCUUUUUAAUCUCUGUUUAUUUGGUCCUGGAUCCCAGCUGCAGCCCUGCAGAAAUGGUUGUAGGCUCUUUCUUCUCCUAAUUAAGGAAUGAUCAAAAUAAAAAGUGCACGAAAGGAGGGAGCCUGCCAAGGUGCAGAAUUAACAAGUGAGUUUCAGAUCCUGAUGCGUUCUGUAGUUCUCUGCUUCACAAGGUGUCUCAAAUUAAGGAUGCCCAAGGCAUCCCACUUCCGUUGGAAAAGCCCAUGCACUUGCAAGCUUCUUGAUGGGCCCAAUGAGGGCCCUUUAAGGUGAACUUAGCUUGAGGCAGGAGGAGACAGGUGAGGGUGCCAGCCCACCUGGAAUUGUGGGAGCAUUUGGAUAUUGGGGCAGGGAUGCAGAAAAGGCAGUUUCAGAGAGACCUCUGGGUAUGCUGUGGCCCACACUUUAUCUGAAGGAGACCACAGAACCCUCUCCAUGGGCCCAUGAGAUUGCUGGCCUUGGCCUUAUUACCUUUCAGUAAACCAAGGUCAGCUGCAGAUGCAUUCUGAAGGCAUUUCUUCAAUUUCUCAGUUACACAUCCCUCUAGACAGGGAAUUUACAGUGUGAUCAACUCAUUUCUUGGCCCCUAUGCCUGCACUUGCUAACUCUCCUCUUAUUCACUGUAUGGACAAGCCAGGGCAUUAUUUAUUUCCUGCCUAAAGAAACUUGAUUAAAUACCAGCACCCUUUUAAGGAAAUGGAAUCAUUUUUGAAAACUGUUCUUUCUAUUAUUCCUGAAAAGCUGAGAAGAUAAAAUGCAGGGAAAAAAGAUUGCUCACUAGAAGAAAAUGAGGCCCACACAAAUAGUAUUUUUUUAACAACAGCUUCAAUCACCAUGCUGACCUUUACAACAUCCAUGUCCUUGUGGGAUACAAAUAUACUUUGUACCUGUUUUCAAACACAUCAUCACCCCCUCUCCUUUGAUGAGCACAAUCAAAAUUACAUAGAGAAUGUGAAACCUGGUCAGGUAUUAUUUCAGUCAGUCAACAAGGAUUUAUUAAAGUAUUUAUUUUGUGCCAGGCAUUGUGCUAAGCUCUGGAGAUACAAAGAAAGACAAAAAAAAUUUUUAAGUCCCUGCCCUCAAAGAACUUACGAUCUAACUCUUGCUGCUGAUAGAUAAUAACAUAUUUGGUGUAUAGGAACUCUAUGCUUUCCUCCAUCUCUCUGGUCUCCUGCAAAUGAUGUGCUAUGCCCCUAAAUAAUAACAAAGGGCCCUUAGGUGCCGAAAUAGAGCAUUCGGACACCAUAACCCUUCACUACAAAAAUUUAGUAUAGGACAGGAGCCACUUCUUAGAGGGUAUAGGUUAUUUUUUUUAAGACAACAGGAAACAAAGGACCUCUAAUUAACAUUUCUCUAUCCUUCACCUAUCUAACAACUAAAAACAAAACAAUUUUUCCCCUCCAUUUUAUCUUCUCAUCUUUUCAGGAAUAACAGAGUAGUUUUCAUGUUACUUGUCAGCCAUGAAGCUCCUUUCGUGAGCCUAGUAGGGUCUUUAUAGAAAAAGGUAGAAAGGGCUAAGUGGCUGUUCUGGCCAUAGCCCCUACUGGUGAUGUCUCUACUCCCACCUCUUCCUCUCCAGUCUCUCCUACCCAACAACACCCACUGUCCUAAAUUUAACAUGAAUGUUCCUUGAAGACAGGGCCUGUUUCAUGUUUGUCUUAAUGUUCCCAGCACCUAGUAGGUACUUAAUAAAUUGGUAGUUAGCUGAUUGAUUCAUUUCACUCCCAGAGGUCUUGGAUGGUUGAGGAGCAAGGAAGGCAUACAGAACCCCACUGUGGGAAACAAAAGGCCAUGUUACAACAAGGAAAUUCGCUUAAGCUGCCCAUGCAGCAUUUUAUUCAGGAGAUGUUAACUCCAAUGGAUGCUAGGUUCUGCCCCUGAGGUUUUAUGUACCUACCAGAGAGUUCAGACUCUGCCUAAGGAAUCAAUCAACAAACAUUUAUUAAGCAAUCACUAUAGCCAAGCAUUAUGCUAAGCCCCGAGGAUACUUACAAAAAGGGAAAAGUAUCUGACCUGAAGGAGUUUUCAUUCUAAUAAGAGAGAUGAUAUAUACACAGAUAAAUCCAGAAACGGAAGGCAGCCUUAAAAUGCAUAGUAUUAGCAGAUAAUAGAAAAAGAAAAAAAAAGUCUCCUAUAGGAAUUAGCCCUUAAUUUAUAUCUUAAAGAAAGCUAGGGAUUCUUAGAGUUGGAAGUUAGAAGGGAGAGCAUUCCAGGUAUGGAAUUCAACCAAUGCAAAGGCUGAAAAAAGAUGGCAGAUGGAAUGUAUGUGGCCAG